AUGGCUAGCACAUGCCCAGCAUUUAGCACGCAUCCGUUGGGAUACUCAAAACAACAGUUUGUCCACGAACCCCAACAGAGACAAGCGUACAAGCGUCGACGUAGAUCCAGAUAUGGCUCAUCUGGCUCUGGUGUCGGGAAACGGCUUCAGCCCAUAUCUGUAUUGUUCCUUUGCGCUAUUUUCAUGGACACAAUGGAAGUUCCACUAUAUCAUCAUGGGAUAUCGAAUAUUUUGUCGAUUAAAUGGGCGCUCGCCGGUGAAGUCACUGAGGGUCCAUAUUGUACCACGCAAGCGGUGCUGAAACAUAUUGGGAAUCAGGGUGUUGCGUUGUACAGCAUUGCAAUCGCAGUGUUGACCUACCUUCAAGUCUUCCACUCGAAAUGGCUUGGAAAGAGAGGAGCGAAGACUUUCGCAGCGUUAUCUGUUUGCUUCAUAACCAUAUUCAUCACAUUAAUUGUCAUAAUCCCCUCUUCCAUCAUUCGGCCAUUUUAUGGAAAUACAGGUAUGUGGUGCUGGAUCUCGAGGCGUCACAGAACCAUGCGAAUUGUAACCAUUUUCACAUACGGGACAGUAGUGUACAAGUGGCUACGUCAAGCAUCUUUUGACGCUGAUCGUGACUUGAAACGGGACGCUAUCGCCAUGGGAUGGUAUCCUAUUGCGUAUCUCAUCGUCAUUGUACCUCAUUAUGCAAUCCUCCAGUUCGCGAUGCCACCUGGUCGCCAAUCUAUUCCCAGUUGGUGGACCUGGCCUUAUGCCAUUUUUUCUUCGUGGGGAGCCCUCAACGUGAUCUUGUGGUAUUGCACGGGCAGACAUUUCGGAUUCUCCCCCGGGAGAAAGGGUGUCUCUUCAAACUCAGGUCUCCAUCCACCCGUCAGUGGUGACAUGGCUGCAUGAUCCUAUCUUGCUCACUUCUUAGCACAGCGUUGAUCCUGUACAUAAGUUCAGACCAAAUGAAACUAGUAUCUUGG